AUGACGGCAGUGGGACUGGCUCUGGCCCUGCUCCUCACGUCCUCCUUCUCCUCAUCCUCCUCCUGGGCUUACCCCAGCGGGUCGCGGGACAGGCAGAUCUCCUGGGACGACGUGAAUAUUGUUGCCCAUGGUCUGCUGCAGCUGGGCCAGGCGCUGAAGGAGCAUGUGGACCGGAGCAAGACCCAGGUGAAGGCUCUGAACCUGGGGCUGGAGACUGUGAACCAGACCCUAGGGAGGCUGCAGCAGGACGGGGAGAGGAGGAACACUGAGAUGGGGGAGAGGGUGGAAAGGCUGGAGAGGCUGGAGCAGAAGGUGGAUGAGGUGGUCAGACAGCAGGCCAUGGAGAGCAACUCCAGCGACGGGACUGAGGCCAAGAGUGUCCAGAGGAUGAUGGCGGCGCAGAACCGGCGCAUCGACAGUCUGAUGGAGAAGAUCCAACAACAACAGGACAAACUGGAGAAACAGAGUCUUCACCUGCAGACGCUGCAGAGCAAGCUCGGACAGAAGAGAACAAAGUCUUUCCGGCGCAGACAUGAAGUGGUCCUGCAGAAAGACCAGAAUAUGCAGAAAGGUUUCGCCAAAGACUGUCACCAGCUGUAUCUCCAAGGCCAGAGGACCAGCGGAGUCUACAUGGUCCAGCCGCAGCACUCUCUCCCCUUCAGGGUGCUGUGUGAGAUGACACCAGACGGAGGUUGGACGGUCGUCCAGAAACGUUACGAUGGUUCCCAGAGUUUCGACUUGUCGUGGAAUGAGUACAAGAAAGGAUUCGGAGCCUUCACUGGAGAGUUCUGGCUGGGUCUGGAGCACAUGCACGCGCUUUCCUCACAAGGGCGUCACACGCUGCAGAUGGAGCUCUCUGAUUGGUCCGGGCAGAGUCAUGUGAUCAGCUCUGAGUUCCGGCUGGAUGGAGAGGAAGGGCAGUUCUCUCUCCACCUCUCCCCACAGACAGGGGCCUCUGUGGAGGGCCUCUUCAGUGUGGCGGCCCCUGGUUCCUCAUCUGGACUCCCAUUCUCCACUGCCGACCAGGACAACGACCAGAGUACAGACAACUGUGCUCUCAAACUCUCAGGAGGCUGGUGGUUCAGCGACUGCGGAGACUCAAACUUGAAUGGGGAGUUUCCCAGCAGCCCCCGCGGCGCCCGGAGCAUGUCCUGGAGUCCUGCAGGGGGGUGGUCAGCGCUGCGGUCGUCUGUGAUGAGGAUGGGUCCGGUCUCUCAGUGA